AUGGUUGAGAACGAGUUGAGACGCUUGGUAGAGGAAAGUGGUAUUCUAUCACCGGAAGGUGCUCUUUUGUUCAGCAAAGACGGUGUACUGGGAAGUUAUGGUGUUGCAAAGUUAGAGGACUUUGAUGAUCUAAGGGACUUGAAGCUGACGAAGGAAGGUUUUGGGCUCUAUGAGCUUCACUCUUAUAAAAUUCUGAUAUUGGCAAAGGGAAACGAAACACUAGCUGUUUAUACUAAGUCGAGGCCAUAA